AUGUCACAAGAACAUAGCUCACUCACUGAUAGUAAUUCCUCGAUGAACGCCUUUUCUCCAACGUCAUCCCCGCGAACUUCUUCGCUGCCAUAUGAUUACGAACACGAUCAACAUCAAUUAACUGCAAUGAAAUUCGAAAAAACAAUCUACGAAUCCGCGCCCGUUGCACGCAACACCAUUGAGAACAACCGGGUGAAAAUCAUUAACUAUCGCGGGACCAAAAUCACCUCGUUCAAUGUCGACGGACGACAAUUAUUGUGUUUACCUCAAGCAUUUGACUUCUUUCUCAAGAAUUUGGUUGGCGGCUUGCAUACGGUCUAUACGAAACUGAAACGAUUAGAAAUCAUACCAAUCGUUUGUAAUGUUGAACAAGUGAGAAUUUUAAGGAGUCUUGGUGCUAUACAACCAGGGGUAAAUCGAUGCAAACUUCUCGCACCGAAUGAAUUUGAUAUCUUAUAUGAUGAUUGUACGAAUUCAGGUUCUCGUCCUGGUCGUCCACCGAAACGUAGUUCUGCGUAUCAAGCAGAUGAUUACUCCGAUCAGAAACGUUUGAAACUCGCAUCAAAUCUUUUUCUUCGUUCAUUUUCCGACUACAGGUAUUCCCUUCCUUCCAAUCCAGAUUAUAUAUCGAUUCCAUCAUUAACAAACUUCUCGUUACUCAAUUCUUCUCCAUAUCAUUGUAAUCCAACUCGUCCUCCGGUUCCAACUCCAGUUCAUCAAUCGACUUCUUCAAAUCAAUCACGAUCUUUUACUAUUGAUGCAAUGCUUAGUCAAGAGCGAAAUCAUUUACCAAAACCAAUUGAUCUAUCAAUGACGACUACAGAUCAAACAUCGUCAAUGUUAUCAGGACAACAAUUGACUACCUCGGAAAGUUUUCUUCCGAUUAAGAACAUGAUUGAAUCAACAGUAGAGAAUGCGCGACGACGAGAAAAGCAAUUGGAAAACGAAAUAAAUGAACUGAAGAACGAAAUUACCAAAGAACAAGAUUGUAAACAAAAACUUCAAGAAGAUUUUCUUCAAUUGCAACGCGUUCGAAGUAUUUUGAUUAAAAAACUACGCCGUCUCAAUCGAUCACAAACAUGUUCGAACAGUAACAUCAACCGAUCGGAUAAAUCACCAACGAAUUCGAUAGAGAUCGAAUCCGUCUAA